AUGGAGGAGGUUGAGCCACAAGAGGAGGAGGAAGAACUCCCUAUGUACCAAGAGCAUUACAAUGCCCUCUUCUCCAUGGACUUCAUGGAUACCAAGUACCCACAUGUUGACACAAUGAAGGCCCUUGGAAUCUUUGAAGAUGUGGAGCUAGUUCUCAAGAACAUGCACUUGGCCAAGCUCUUCUCUUAUCACAUGGAAUCCUACAAGGAGCUCACUUGCGAGUUCUUAGCUUCAAUGAGGCAGCUGGAAAUCUUGUUUGGGUUCAACUAUGGAGAGGGUACCAAGUGGAACUUCAAGGAAAAGGAACUCCAAAGGGUUUGGGCUACAAUCGCUGAUGGAGUGUACUCUUCCUCAAGGUCCAAGGCAGCUCAGAUCAGGAGCCCAGUCUUGAGGUAUGUGCACAAGGCACUUGCCAACACCUUCUUUGCAAGGAAGGCGACCGGGACCAUCAACGAGGGGGAACUCAAGUUUCUUGACAUGGGAAUCAAGCCCAUUCUCUCACGCACAAGCGAUGGCAAGAGGAUAAGGGGAGAUAGAUCUGACACAGGAAACUUGAUGCCUUUCCUUGACCAUCUCCUCACCUACAAGAUCACAGCCUACAACACUAGACAUCAACGAGGGAGGCGCCUAAGUGUUGGAGGGCUCAUCACUCCUAUCUUGUGUGCUGCUGGAGUGAACCCAACUGAUAGGAGAGCCACUGAACCAGGUUGGAUGGACAUCAAGUUUUGCAAGACCAACCUUCUCAUUGAGCACAAGGAGUUGGAUGGGAGGUUCCAAUUCAAGUUCACACAUCCAUUGGUUGGACCCUCCAAGUUUCUCCUGCCCAACCCAGAGCUCACCACAGUAGUAAGGGGUGAGAACAUUGACUUCAGACCCCCUGUGUACACAUUAGUUGGGCAUGAGGAUGAUUUGCGAGAAGAGGAGCCUGAGCUCGAUCGAGCUGAGUCUCGAGCUGAGGAUCGAGCUGAAGAUCAGUCCAGGAGAGUGCGGAUUUGGGUGAGCCUGAGUGCUAUUAUUUUGAGGAGUAUGAGGCUCCAAGGAUGA